UGAAGUUGUUUCAAACAUGGUGGAUUUCCUGCCAUCCCGCUCCGCUUUAUCUGAAUUUUUCUCCAACUGCCUCCUUACAAGACGCGAGGCAGAGCAGCUGCGGAAAUCCAAAGAGAUAGAUAAGUGUAUUGAUCGAGAAAAGACUUAUGUUAAAAAGCUAGUAAAGAUCUUAUUGCUCGGGGCGGGAGAAAGCGGCAAGUCCACUUUCCUCAAGCAAAUGCGUAUUAUUCAUGGGCAGGACUUCGAUCAGAAGGCCAAAGAAGAAUUCAGGGCUACGAUUUUUAGUAAUGUUAUUAAAGGCAUUCGAGUGUUAGUGGAUGCUAGAGAGAAACUUCACAUCCCAUGGGGUAACCCGUCCAACCAGCGGCAUGGAAACACUAUGAUGGCAUUUGAAACUCGGUCGGUGAUGGCUCACGGUCACGGCAUGGUGGAGCCCAAAGUUUUUCAGCACUACCUGCCGUCAAUCAAGGCCCUGUGGGCGGACCAGGGCAUCCAGAAUGCCUACGAUCGGCGCAGGGAGUUCCAGCUGGGGGAGUCGGUCAAGUAUUUCCUGGACAAUUUGGAAAAGCUUGGACAGUCGGACUACCUCCCCAGCCAGCAGGACAUCCUUCUGGCCAGAAAACCCACCAAGGGCAUCCACGAGUAUGAUUUUAAGAUUAGGAAUGUGCCUUUCAAAAUGGUGGACGUGGGUGGGCAGCGCUCUGAGAGACGGCGCUGGUUUGAAUGUUUUGACUCGGUCACAUCCAUCCUCUUCCUUGUGUCCUCCUCUGAGUACGACCAGGUGCUCAUGGAAGACCGGCAGACUAACCGACUGAGCGAGUCACUAAACAUCUUCGAGACCAUAGUCAACAACCGAGUCUUCAGCAGUGUCUCCAUCAUCCUGUUCCUCAACAAGACGGACCUGCUGGGGGAGAAGGUGAAGCAAGUGUCCAUCAAAGACUACUUCCCCGAGUUCUCUGGUGACCCCAUGAGUUUGGCAGAUGUCCAGUGCUUCCUGGUGGAAUGCUUUCGCAAAAAGCGUCGAGAGCAGCAACAGAAGCCUCUGUACCACCACUUCACCACAGCCAUCAACACUGAAAACAUCCAGCUGGUGUUCCGUGAUGUCAAGGACACCAUCCUGCACGACAACAUCAGAUGCAUAUAUAUCUUAUAGGGGUUUACACUUUGACAUUUGGACUGUUACAGUUAUUCAAAGAUGUCGGGGUGCUGCUGACUAAGUGUGCAGACACAAACACACCGCUUGUUGAAAGCUGGUCCGGGGUUUAGGAUGACCCACAGUACUGGUGCUGUUUCUCAGGGCACCAUUUCUAAACCACUACUGUGAUUUGAUACAGUGCAGAACUUGUGUACCUUACCCUUGCACCAGUCAAACGGGUUUCCCCUUUAUUUGCCACAAAACCGGCCGGAGUUGUACUUCAGAAGCAAAACUCUGGCCGUCGACCUCAGCCUUAUUUUACUGCCAGUGAUUUGACCCGUAUGCUUGCACAUAUGCUAACAUGUGAUUUGUGAAUGCUGCCUCAUUGACAGUGGUUAAAGAGAACACUAAGGGAAAAAUGUAAAGUGGCUUUUCUCAAACUGAUGGCAGAUGUUGCAGCGCGGGUUGAGCCCCUGGGUUUUCUUCAGUGGUACAGAGAGAGGAUUUUUUCUCCUCGAUAGAAUUAUCACCUUAAGUGUUGCGUAUUGUACUGCAGGUGAUGAGGUGGCCAUGUUGCCUUUUCUCUUAAUCAGAUCUUCAUGUUGCAGGCCGCCCCUCACCACAGGGACAUAUUCCUACUGCAGUCUGUGCAGCUAGUUUCUGCUGGCUGCUCUCGUUUUGUAUAAAGUUCACGUGUCCAGUCUAACGCAUGUGUCCCUCACACCGACCUAAAGCUUGCUGCAGUCGCUCUAACUUUCCACACAGUAUAAUGGUAAGUGUUAUUUUGCUACGUGGUGUUUUUGGUUUGGGGGGUUUUUAAGCAGAAGCAGGCAUCUGUUGGACUGUCUUAUGUUGUUUAAGGGGCUUCCUGUUUCCCAGCUUCCUGUGUCUUUACAACACGAAUGCCACAAUCCCGUACGUGUCCCUGCAAAUAACUGGCUCCACUGGUCCAUGCUAACCAGUUGUAAAAGUAGUCUUGUUGUCUUUUUGGGGAUGAGCAGUUCCACACUGUAGACUUUUGAACAAUGGGAACAUUCUGUGUGGGUCAGCAUGGGUAUUUUUUUGUACUUUCUAAUUGUGAUAAUUGCUAAUGUUGAAUAAGUAAAGAAUACUUAAACAAUGUUAAUCACUGUUAAUAAGUGUUGUGCACAGACUUUUGUAACUGUGAGCUGCAAAGCUUCAAAGGGACACGAGGCACACUGAGAAACUGGCUGAAAAAGGUUUUGCUGAUGUGAUUUUGGGCGAUUUGAUCACAGAACUGUGCAUUUACAAAUAUCAUUAACUGUCUUUGUCUUAUCAGAUCUACACCUGCAGUGUUGACUCAACUCAAAUAAAGUUUCCUCAAAUACAACAGGUGACAAAAACCUGUGUGGGGUGCAGGGGCGAUUCUAGGAUCAGAGCUUUGGGGGUGCUGAGCACCCAGAGAGCUGCCCAGCCAGGCAAGAUAAACUUUACACGUCACGAUGAGACUUCUUCCCUGUCUCUGUGAGUCCAUGCAUCCUUAAAUGUCUCCAGUUGUCCCGAGUUCCCUCUGACUGUCUCCUUGGUGCAUUUAAACCCCUGUUCCUCCCUGUCCUCAUCAUCUGUUGUCUUCAUCUCCAUUAUCAGUCAUCAUAAUUUUACCGUCUCUGUGCAAGUCUGCAAAUUUCUUUAUUAAAUCAUAAGAUUCUUAAAUUCA